GGGGCAAGGGAUGAAAGGGACAGUCUCUAUAACUUGCUGCUAAAUUACUUAUGGAGCUUCGUUAUUUCACAGAUAGAUGACACUAGUAGUCCAUAGUUUUCACACAUUUGUAGGGUCCAAUACACUAGCGCCAGUGUUUGGAAUUCCCGGAUGAGCAGAAAACGCAUGCAAAAGUAAGUUUUCUUCAUUUUUUACAUUUAGGGGUAAAAUCUCAAACAUAGUCAUUGGAUAAUGUACUUGAAUUGGGAUAAUUACUUUGAAACCUCUAGAAUAUGUUUAUUUAAUCGGUUUUAAAUUAUAUUUCACUGUCAGAAAGUUAGGUUGUAGUUUUGGUUGCUUGAGGCCUGGGGGUUGAAAGGGACAGUAAAAUAGGGGAUGAAUGGGACAUGUCCCUUUCAACCCCAUAUUGACAUGUUUUUGGCAUGCUCUAAUGCUAAAUUUUUUUAAUAGAAAAAAAUGCCUCGAAAGUAUAAGAAAAAGAAACAGAAAGAACGUGUGAUGCCAGAAGUGAUUCAAGGGGCAAUAAUUGAAGUUGUCGAAAAAGAAGCAUCAAUCAGGGCUACAGCCAGUACCCACGGAAUUGCAAAAUCGCAUUUGGCUAGACUUGUUUCAAGAUAUAAAAAAGACAAUGUAGUGUAUUCACCGCGUGUGGGUAACAGGAAAGUUUUUACUACAGAGCAGGAGGCAGAAUUAGCAUUGUAUUUAAUGCAAGCAUCAUCAAUGAAUCACGGUUUAACAACACUGCAAACGAGGGAAUUGGCUUUUCAAUAUGCAAAACUUGUACAAUCAAAUACAAUUCCUAAAACCUGGUUUACUAAUAACCAAGCUGGUUUAGAUUGGUUGCAAGGCUUUAUGACCAGGAAUAAGAAUUUGUCUGUAAGAACACCCGAAGCAACAAGUUUGGCCCGAAGUACAAGCUUCAAUAAAACAAAUGUCAGGAACUUUUUCAAGAAUCUAGAAGAUGUUAUGAAGAGAUAUGAAUUCACUCCAGACAGAAUAUAUAAUUGUGAUGAAACAGGUUUCACUACUGUUCACAAACCCCCAAAUGUCAUUUCUAGAAAAGGGGAAAAGCAAGUAGCCCAAGUGACUUCUGGUGAAAGGGGGCAGUUAGUUACUGUUCUUUGUUUCAUAAAUGCGAUGGGAAAUGCAUUGCCCCCUGCAUUUGUAUUCCCAAGAGUUAAUUUCAAGGAUUUUAUGCUGGCAGGAGCGCCUGCUCAAAGUCUCGGACUAGCCCAUCAGAGUGGCUGGAUGACAGCUGAAAAUUUUUUAAAGUGUUUGCAACAUUUCUCAAACUUUGCUGGGACAUCUACAAGCAAUAGCCAUACAGUACUCCUAAUUUUGGACAAUCAUGACAGCCACAUUUUUAUUGAAUCAAUAAAAUUCGCCAAAGAAAACGGAAUAGUGCUGCUAACUCUACCUCCACACACCAGCCAGCGACUGCAGCCACUGGAUGUUGCCGUCUAUGGACCAUUGAAAAGCAGAUACAAUGUUGCUGCAAACAACUGGAUGAUCAAUCAUCCCGGCAAACCUAUGACGAUUUAUGAUGUCCCUGCUCUUGUUAGCGAGGCGUUUGAUGCAUCUCUUACACGAAACAACAUUUUAUCAGGUUUUGCAAAGACUGGAAUAUACCCGUUCAAUAGUGAAGUUUUCACAGAUGACGACUUCCUGCAAGCUGAAGUUACUAAUCGCCCUGAUCCAGAAAAUCCACCCACAGCCGUAACACCAAUGGCAUCCGCUUCCACUUCUGAUGUGCCUACUACAUCUUCUGUGCCCAAGACACUUCCUGUUUGUCCUCAAGCGUCUACAAGUGGAACAAGCGUUCUUUCACCUCAGCUUGUCAAACCGUUCCCAAAAGCUUCUGCACGGAAAACAGCGAAAUCUAACAGAAGAGGCUCAACAAGGAUUCUUACUGAUACUCCUGAAAAAGAUAAAAUCCAGCAAGCAUUCCAGGAAAAAGAGGCGAAGAAGCGAAAGAACGAGUCCAAAGAAAGGAGGACAAAAUCUAAAAAGCAGCUGUUGCAACAUAUUCCAGAAGAAACUGAAAGUGAAGAUGAAGGAUCUCAAAGCAGCUCUUCCUCAAAGUCUGAUGCAACAUCGAGUGAGGGAUCUGAUAUUGAAAACAGUGUCAAACAUAUUCAGCCCAAUGAUUUCAUUUUAGUCAGAUUUGCAAAAAAAACUUCUGUUGUUUACUUCGUGGGAAAAGUUUUAAAGAAACUGAGUGAUGAAGACUUGAAAGUCAAGUUUAUGAAAAAAAUAUUAGGAUGUUACAAGUUCAUAUUUCCUGAAGAGGAUGAUAUCAGUGAUGUCACCAUGGAAGAUAUAGUUUUAAAGCUACCCCAUCCAUCCCAAGCAGGAGGAACAGCAAGAGCAAGCAAACAGUUUAUAUUUUCCAUUGAUUUCACCUCAUAUCGGCUGGGAUAGAUUGCGAAAAACAUUCUAUUGACCAAAGAAAGACAGUUUAAUUAUGUGAGAGCCUACUAAUUGUGAUAUUCUUUAGUUAUUGUUCUUUGUUUGAAAAUAUUUGAUAUUCUUUAAUUGUUUUAAAAAUAUUGAUAAUCUUUAAUUGUUUUAAAAGUAUUGGUAAUCUUUAACUGUUUAAAAUAAAUGUGAUGUCACAUAAUUCAUAUUAUUAAAAGUGUAAUUUUUAAAAAUUUUAGUCUCUAGCUUAUCACUUAUCAGUUACAACAAAAUUUGAAAACAUUGAGAUAACUAAUUCCAAGUUUUACAUUAGAACGCAGGUAGUCCCUUUCAUCCCCGAGUGUGUCCCUUUCAACCCAGACAUGGGAAUGAAAGGGACACUUGGAGAGGUCUUUAAAAAUAUGAACAUGUUCAACUACCAAUAUAAUAGGAUGAAUUCACAAUAUGGUCAGAACAAAGUAAAGGUUUAAUGAAUCUUUUGCACUAAAAAUAAAACUGAUUAGAAGUAAACUUUUCCAGUGAAAAAUAAAAAUAUGAAUUUUGUCUCUUUCAUCCCCACCCUCCCCUAUAACAAAGCAGUCACACAUAGUCAGAGGUAAAGCAUUAGCUUGCAAGCUGCAAGGUUCUGGCUCAAAUCUCUGUACUGUACAUCCUGUCAAAUUUUGUAUGGAUAGUCAGAUGGACAAGGUAGUCCCUUUCAUCCCCGAGUGUGUCCCUUUCAACCCAGACAUGGGAAUGAAAGGGACACUUGGAGAGGUCUUUAAAAAUAUGAACAUGUUCAACUACCAAUAUAAUAGGAUGAAUUCACAAUAUGGUCAGAACAAAGUAAAGGUUUAAUGAAUCUUUUGCACUAAAAAUAAAACUGAUUAGAAGUAAACUUUUCCAGUGAAAAAUAAAAAUAUGAAUUUUGUCUCUUUCAUCCCCACCCUCCCCUAUAACAAAGCAGUCACACAUAGUCAGAGGUAAAGCAUUAGCUUGCAAGCUGCAAGGUUCUGGCUCAAAUCUCUGUACUGUACAUCCUGUCAAAUUUUGUAUGGAUAGUCAGAUGGACAAGGUAGUAAAAUCAGCUCUAGGGAAUUGGAUUGUAUUGGUCCAGUAUCUUUGAGUUGUGUGAGUAGCAAAAUGAAUGUGUAGGUAGUGUUUGUCCCAAACUUGUGUAGUAAAUAUCAUAUGGUAAAUUGUUACUAUAUAAUAUUCUUAUCACAUUUGUAUUGCUACUUACAUAACUCAAGACUAGAUACACAAAUCAGGAACCUAGGAAUUAUUCAUGGGCAGUCUGUCCAAAUAUGUUGGGCUCCAUCUGGCCAUUCUCAUUGUGGGUCUAACUAAACCCAUACUGUAUAUGGGAGAAAAAAGAUUUUUUUAGUGCUCACAAGGCUGAGUUUUAAAAAGCUACAGGAAAUAGAAUAGGAUAUUUAUUAUAUUUUUCUCCUCCAAGUCAUUUCCACAACUAUCCUCC